GCCCGGCGGCGGCGGCGGCCGUUCAGAAUGUCGAGCGCGCCAGGGGGUGGCCGAGCAGUCCCUCCCUCCGGCGGACGCGCGGCGGCGGCGGCAGCGGCAGCUGCUGCGGGAGGGGGGGAGGAGGAGGCGGCGCCUGUGUCGGCGCUGGAGGUUGUGUCCUUCCUGGGGAAACUACUGUGCGCAGUCGCGGCGCUGAAGGCGGCUCUCUACCUGCUCCGCAGAGUCUGUCUAGCGAUGGCCUGGAAGUCAGGAGGCGCCAGUCACUCCGAGCUCAUCCACAACCUCCGCAAAAAUGGAAUAAUCAAGUCAGAUAAAGUAUUUGAAGUAAUGCUUGCCACAGAUCGUUGCCAUUAUGCAAAAUGCAACCCCUAUAUGGACUCUCCUCAAUCAAUAGGAUUCCAAGCAACAAUCAGUGCUCCACAUAUGCAUGCGUAUGCUCUAGAACUCCUGUAUGACCAGUUAUAUGAAGGUGCCAAAGCCCUUGAUGUAGGUUCAGGAAGUGGAAUUCUUACUGCCUGCUUUGCACGGAUGGUUGGUCCCAAAGGACGAGUUGUAGGAAUUGAUCAUAUCAAAGAAUUGGUAGAUGAAUCAAUAAAUAAUGUCAGAAAAGAUGAUCCUUCAUUGCAAUCUUCAGGAAGAGUGAAGCUGAUUGUGGGGGAUGGAAGAAUGGGAUAUCCAGAAGAAGCUCCAUAUGAUGCUAUUCAUGUAGGAGCUGCCGCACCAGUUGUACCCCAAGCACUUAUAGAUCACUUGAAGCCUGGUGGAAGGCUAAUAUUACCUGUUGGACCUGCUGGAGGAAACCAGAUGCUGGAACAGUAUGAUAAGCUAGAAGAUGGCAGUGUCAAAAUGAAGCCUCUGAUGGGAGUGAUAUAUGUGCCUUUAACAGAUAAGGAGAAGCAGUGGUCAAGGUGGAAGUGAUUUUCUGUUCAACUUUCUUCUUCCACACACUUACACAUACAAGGGAUGAAUUGUAAAAGCUACGUCACCUGACCCAAACGUUGUGUUAACAGUGGACUGCUCAUCUCCAAUUCUAAAAAAGCUUUUUCAAAACCAACAGCAGUGCAGCUUGUUUUGGACUUUGUUACGCUGUUAUCAGCAUGGAAAAGUGUGUUGUUCUUUAAUUUUAUUUUGUAGUGAUUUAUUGCAAGUUUGGUAAACAACUGAUGGAAAGUUUAAAUUUGGGUAAUGUUUCUUUUCAACAUGCCCUUAUUUUCACCUGUUUAAAGAAAUGAAGGAUAUCUGCAAAUAGACCUGCAAUUGGCUACCUUUGCAUUUUUGAUUGGGAAGCAUUUUUGAACACUUGUUUCAGCUCCAGUGUUCCUCCAUCCAACUGCUUAUCUGCACUUUCUGACACUACAUGUGCACUCAAAGAUUCUUUGUGUUCAGCCGUCUCUUAGAUGCUACUAAAGUGAGAUGAACUUCCUCUUUAAAGCUUUCAACGUGGUGUCAUAGAUUAGCAUGUAGUAUACACAAUCAGCUGCUUUUCCCUUUAAAUACCAGACAUGUAUAUAAACUUCAGGGCAACAGAAGUGACAGUUCUUGAUGUAUAGUUUGCUGUUCAGGAUGGACAUAACUGACAUAGUUUACCCUUUCCUUAACUUUUAGAUUAAUUUAGUGAUUCAUAGUCCAGUCUUGUUUUCUAGCUGACUUGCAGAACUGAUGUAUCUGAGUUUAAUAUAACCAAUACUGUGUAAGCUAUGUCCUAAUCAUUGAACAGAUUAUGCAGUGCUGCUUUGCCAAAUAAAAUUAAAACCAAAAA